GGAACAAGAACGGUGUAAAAACGUAUAACAUAUUUAUUGUUUACGCUACUACAGUAUAAUUUGUGAUAUUAACCUCGACUGUUUUUUAUAUAUCCAAUGUUUGUGUACACUUUGUUUAUUUGUUCAAUAAAAAAUGUGUUGACAAGUUAUAUUCAAGAGUGGCAACGGUUUUGCGAGUGAUUCAUACUUUUCGGAGAGAAAUUAACUGUUUUUAUUCCCUUAAAACCUUGUAAAAAUAUAUCCUUGGGUGAAUUCUCUUUUUAAAGAUUUAACACGUGUGCCUAUCGCAAUAAUGAAUAGCUGUUAUUGCUUUAAAAGACAGGCUUAUAUCCGGCGUUGCUUUUAAUGAGACACGUGAAGUUUGUAGUAACACCAUCGCACUUUGCAAGUGCAGCCGGCGGCGCCUCAGCUGUGGGGGCGGAGAUUAGGGCGGAACCGUAAGAAGUGGCUGGCGAGCCAUCGAGGGUGCUUGGAGGAGCUUCAAUGGACCGUCGCUAGCAGGGGCGACCAGGAGAGAAUGACCGGCCGCCGUGAUCCGUGCAGGAUGACAGAUGAUCUGGUCCUGCUGGACGUACCAGCCUUUCGGCAAUGGUAUCACUGGGAUUGCGGCUUAGCCUGUUCAAGGAUGGUGUUAAAGUACCUGCAUCCAGUGAGUGAGGAAGACUUCUGCAGUGCGUGCCAAGAGCUGAAGCUCACGGAGAGUGUGUGGACUAUAGACCUGGCCUAUCUCAUGCAUCGCCUGGGCGUCAGGCACCUGUUCUGUACUCAGACCCUGGGCGUAGACAAGGGCUUCAGGAAGCAGUCCUUCUACAAGAAGGAUUUUGACUUUGAAGAAGAAAGGGUGAAUAAACUGUUCCUCAAUGCAGAAAGCAAGAGUGUGAUGGUGCGAAAAUGCUCCGUAACUGUCCAGGAGAUCCAGACUCACCUGGCUGAGGGUCACGUGGCCAUCGUGCUGGUCAACGCCAUGGAACUGCGAUGCGAGCACUGCUCUGCUCCCAUUGGCCGCCACCGCCGCAGUCGCCACUGCUGCUUCCCCCUCGUGGCCCACGGCUUCUUCUACCAGGAACCGGCUUACCAGGGGCACUUCGUGGUGCUGCGCGGCUUCGACCGGCAUGCCGGCUGGUUCUUCUACAACAAUCCAGCGUAUUCCUACCGGGUGUGCUGCUCCACUGUCAGUAAUUUUGAGAAGGCUCGCAACAGCUACGGAACAGACCAGGACAUCCUCUUCCUUUACAAGGAGAGCUGACCUCUACGCCCAUGAACUGUGACCUCACUGUGACCCAGCUGGGGAACCAUGGGCAGCGUCCUUGUUUUGGUGCUCAUAGGUUCAUGACCAGGUUAGUCCUGGGCCGUUUCAGACUGUGGUGGAAGGUCUCCUACUGAAUGAGGAGACCCAAGAAGGUGGAUUAAAAAACGAUGUUCCUUAAUCAUAAGCCAUACCAUUUGGAAAAUUAAAAGGGAAAAACAAUUAUCUUUUUAAAAUGUCUUGAAUGUAUUAAUGGUAAAAUAUUGUCAAUAGUGUUUUGAAAUACUGCCAUAGUGUAUCAGCAAAAUCAAUUGACGUUGCCAUGCUGACUCAGGUUUCGUCCAAGAAUGAGCUGCACGUCAGCAUUCCUCAGUUCAUCGGGAAUAUGUGUGCUGUAGAUUUGGGGAAAGUAAUUUUUUUUUCCCCUAAAAAGCUGUUGAGUAACACAAACUGCCAUACAAGUGGGAAGAGAAGCUAGAAUGUUUACAGUGCUGUGAAAUGCAAUCGCUGCUUGGUUCUGGGAGCUGUUUUUCAUGUCUUGCGUAGAUUGAUUUGGGUUUUAUCCGUCGUGAAACCAGGAUAAGACGAGGGGAAUCGGGUGAUGCAGGCAGCGAACGGCAUCUCUCUUUAGGGGGUCGGCGUGCCUUUCAGAGGGGGCGGGCUCGCAUCGCCGUGGGGAGGAUAACACUCCAAGUAAAAACAAAAAGAAACUAAGCAUUUUUCAGGGAUCAAGGGAAAGAACGAAUGACCCCCAAGUGUCAGUCUCCUGCUUUUAUCUUCUGGCAUUCCCACACCCACCACCUGGAUGUUUUUGCUGAAUCGGAUUGUGUAAAGUCCCUGAAGGCCAUGACAUCCAGGCCCCUUGUGAGGUUUGAAUCAGCAAAUCAGUGCCCUUUGCUGGUAUCCCUUUAGAAAGAUGGUACAAAGCUACGAAUAGUAUCCUAACCUGAAACUGACGACAGCAGUUUGCGGUGACUUUGAAAGGUGAUGUUUUGUUAAAUGUAUAAUCCCAGUGAGACGUCCACCAUCAAUGACUGGCUACUUUUUCAAAGCGGGGUCACUGUGACCCUGAAGCCUGUCCUGGGCAGGAUGAUUGUCCAUCACUGCGCACAGACAGACCGAGCCAGACGGAGGCAGACAAGGAAGUAGCACCCAGCCAUAGAGGUGUGAGCUACCCACAAACCCCUGGACAAAGCUAGAAAUAACAGUAUUGUGCUUUUAUAAAAGUGGAGUGAUUUAAACAUUUAGAGAGACUUACUAAGACUCAUUAAUCAUUUAACAGUGCAGGUGUGACACUGCCACAUGUGUGUGCCAUAGGUGGAUAGAUCUGGAGAAAGUACCUGCACAUUAUUUCCAUUCUCGGAUUGUAUAUCUAUUGUUAUUCAGCACAAAUAAAUCCAGUCUUCUUUGUCAAAAAGGGAUUCAAGCCAGAGGAUCAUCUUUAAGGGUUUAAAGACAUAUAAUCGGUCAUCAUUUAAUUUUUUUCAGUGCUGAAGUCGUAGAGGUUUGACUGCAUUUGAAAGUUUAGGUAAAGCAUCUGGUGCUCAAAAAUUGAUUUCUCAUUAAAAGUGAUUGAGCCCUAAUUUUAAAGAAUGUAAUUAUGUGGAGAUUAUACAUUUUCCUGAAGUGAUUUUCCAGUCCGGGGCCUGAUGCCAGUCCAGUGAUGAACUCAUACUGUCACAGAGUAUUUUAGAUUCACCAAUUCAUCUAACCAUGUUUUUGGGCUGUGGGAAGAAAUGUGUGUCUGUGUGUGUAUGUGUGAGUGAGUGAACAUGUAAACUCCACAUGCAGAGUUGGGGGCAGGAAGUGACAUCACAACGCUGGUGCUGUGAGCUGACCACAUCAGCCACCAUGUAGUUUCACUGCUCAUUUAUAGCUGAAGGUGUUGCACUGUGGCUUUUCUGACAGCUAUGGCUAUUUAAUAUUCAAUGUGAAGAUGGUGAAGAUUUCUUUUUGUGUGUCAAUAUCAAAAGGGAUCAGCCAUUUUCUGGUAUUUUGAAUAUCUCAAAGUUCAUUAAACAGAAUGGUAAUGUUUCAGAAUUGUAAAAUUUAUUUUUUGAAGUAGAUUUCUGUAAUAAACUAUAUGUUGUGUACA